UUCCAGAAGGGGAAGGAAAUCAAACUUUAUGAAGUGAGAGAAACUCGGGUUCACCUGCCAGACUUAAAACAUCAGAUUAUUCUGUCGUUUAAAAUAAGUUUACAUUUUCUUAACUGUCAUGACGCACUAAAUAAGUGUGGUUGGUAAAUGGAUCCGCUGGUUCAGCAUGGGAAUGAAGAGGUAAUGUGUAGAAGUGAACCGAAGUGAAGUGGACCGAGGACUCAUAAGAGACUCUUGAACUGACCUCUAUAACCAGACAUCAUGGCUGGAGACGACCACUACCUUCAUUCUUCAAUGCCGAUUUUCGAAAAUAUGAUGGAUCCAACUUGGGAGUUUCCACAAUAUCCUGUGAUGUCUCCGAACACGUCACUGCGCACAGUUUCAAUGGAUGGACCGUCCCUGCAGAUCGUGGAGCAGCCAAAACAGCGUGGCUUCAGGUUCAGGUACGGCUGUGAGGGUCCAUCUCACGGCGGUCUGCCCGGAGCCUCCAGUGAGAAGAACAGGAAGACCUACCCCACUGUCAAGAUCACUAACUACCAGGGUCCGGCCCGGGUGGUGGUACAGCUGGUGACGGCGUUGACCCCUCUCCCCCAGCUUCAUGCUCACAGUCUGGUGGGGAAACAGUGUGAUAAAGGGAUCUGCAUUGCUGAUUUACAGCCCAAAGACUCAAACAUCAGUUUUCCAAACCUAGGUAUACUUCAUGUGACGAAGAAGAACGUUGCAAAGACUCUGGAGGAGAGGAUGAUCGAGGCCUACAGGAUGGGACACAACUGUGGAGUCUCCAUCCACCCCGAUAUUGAUUCCCUGCAGGGGGAAGUCCGAGUCUCCCGAGAGCUCAACGAUCACCAGCGCAGCAUGAUCAGCUCUGCAGCCGCUCUUCAGGCUAAAGAAAUGGACCUCAGCGUAGUUCGGCUCAUGUUCACAGCGUUCCUCCUCGACAGUGACGGAGGUUUCUCCAGACGAUUGGAGCCCGUCGUUUCUGAACCGAUCUACGACAGCAAGGCUCCCAACGCCUCCAACCUGAAGAUUGUGAGGAUGGAUCGAACUGCCGGCUGUGUGAGCGGAGGAGAGGAGGUCUACCUACUCUGUGACAAAGUCCAGAAAGACGACAUUCAGGUUCGGUUCUAUGAAGAAGACGACAAUGGGCCAACCUGGGAGGCUCUGGGAGAUUUCUCUCCCACAGAUGUUCACAGACAGUUUGCCAUCGUCUUCAAGACUCCAAAGUAUCGAGAUCAGAAUCUUCAGAAGCCAACGUCUGUGUUCGUCCAGCUGAAGAGAAAGUCUGACAACGAGACCAGCGAGCCCAAACCCUUUACCUACCACCCACAGAUCAUAGAUAAGGAGGAGGUGCAGAGGAAGAGGCAGAAGACAUUACCAAACUUCCAUGACUUCAGUGGUCAUGGAGGGGGAGGGGGAGGAGGAGGAGGAGGUCUGUACCGAGGAGGAGGAGGAGGUCCUGCAGCAGGAGGAGGACCAGGCUCUGCAGGAGGAGGAGGUUACUUUCAGGGCUUCAGCACCUACAAUUAUGGUGGAGGAGGAGCAGGAGGAGGAGGGUUUUCUACAGGAUACUCAGCUGGGCUGGGAGGAGGAGGCGGAGGCGGAGGCAUCAAACAUGCAUCUCGGGGCGACACAGCAGACGACAACAGUGACGACAGCAACCCAGACGAUGACUCGAGGUCAGGAGCUGCUCUGAGACUUUCAGCCGAGGCAGGAGGCCUGGAGGUGCGGGAGAGGACUGAGGAGGGAGGGGUCAGUGUGGAGCCACAGCCGGGCAGAGAUGAGCGGUUGUUUGAAGAGACCAGCAGACAGCUGGUGGCUCUCUUUCAGUACUCGGUUACGGGAGAUUCAGCGUACCUGCUGGCUGCACAGCGCCCCCUGAUGGACACACAGGACGAGGAUGGAGACACUGGGCUCCAUCUGGCAGUUCUCCACAGUCAGCAGGAGGCGCUGAAGAGUCUGACGCAGGUCGUCUCUGCUUUGCCUGGAGAGGAGGUGCUCAACAUGAGGAACCACCUUUACCAGACUCCUUUGCACCUGGCUGUGAUCACCCAGCAGAGGGAGGCGGUGGAAGCACUGCUAUUGGCCGGCGCCGACCCAACUCUGACAGAUCGUCAUGGCAACACGGUUCUCCACCUGGCGUCCCAGCUGGAGGACGGAGGGGUGGUUCGUUUUUUACUCCAACAUCGAGAGCUGAGAGGACUGCUGGAGCACACCAACACAGCAGGUCUGUGUGCUAUCCACCUGGCCGUUCUUUCCAAUCAGCUCUCUUCUCUUAGGGAGCUGCUAGAGGGCGGGGCUAACGCCGAGGCUCAGGAGCGUAGUUGUGGACGGACUGCCCUACACCUUGCCACGGAGGCUGAGAAUGUGUCUUUGGCCGGCUGCCUACUGCUGGAGGGUAACGCCAAGGUGGACUGCUGCACCUUUAAUGGCUCCACCCCUCUACACAUUGCUGCCGGGCGGAGCUCCGUCAAGCUAACAGCUCUCCUGAUGGCUGCAGGAGCAGACCCUCUCAGGGAGAACUUUGAGCCGCUAUUCUUCAGGGAGGAGGACUGCUGUGAGGAGGAAAUGGAGAAGGAGGGGGAAGAGGGUGACGAUGAAGAUGAAGGCUACAUCCCAGGAACCACUCCGCUCAACAUGACUGCCAACACACAGGUGUUGGAGCUUCUGAACGGGAAAGAAUACAAACCGCAAACUCUUCAGAGAGACUUUGACCCUCCUCAAGGCGACAUGUCGAGUCUGGACGUGGAGGUGAAACUGGAAGUGUGUCGCUCUCUAGAGAGUGAAGGAUGUUGGGAGAAUCUGGCUCACAGUCUAGGUCUUGGGAUCCUGAACACAGCCUUCAGACUGAGUCCCUCCCCGGCAAAAACACUGCUGGACAGCUACGAGGUUUCAGGUGGGACAGUACAGGACCUGCUGGCUGGUCUGAGGUCAGUCGGGGAGAGCCGAUCUCUGAGCAUCCUGGAGGAGGCGCUGGGUCACCAUGACGACCAGGAGACGGUCGGGGCUCUGAGCGUUCAGGUUCAGGAACUGAAGGUGGACGUUCGGAUCGACAGCGGGGUUUGUGACAGUGGGGUGGAGCUCUCUACAGCGUGAUGACAUAAUCUCUCCAUAUCCAGCUUGGUAUCCAUUUAAACAUUGCAACCAUCAUUCAACCAUCAUCCAUCCAUUCAUCAAUGUCUCCAGGCUGAGCCGUGGUCACUCCUCCACUUUCUGUAGGAUUUCAGGGCUAAAAGUUUCCCC